AGCGCGCGGCGGGGGCGUGCCCGGGCCGUCCGGGGGCGGGGCGGCGCGCGGCCUAACGGCGGCGGCGGCGGCGGCGCUGGUGUGGGCGAGUUCGGCGGGUGCAGGUCCCGGCCUGCGCCUGCGGAAGACUCGGGUGGUGGGUCGAAGCGGGCUGCGCUCGCGUCAGGCUGCGCUCCGCGAUGGUGGGCGUCCCUGGAGCAGCCGCCUUCCAGCCUAGCAUUGUUCUGACUGCAUGGAGUGGAUGUAUUGAACCAGGUGUUUUACUUCAGCUGUACCAUCUGUGGGAGCAGGUGGACAGAUCCUCUGUCUUCAGGAAAACACAGCUGUUGGUUGUGAGAAAAGGGUGCCAGCAAUGCCUGGAUCGCCUGUGGAAGUGAAGACACAGUCAAGAUCCUCACCUCCCAUCAUGCCGCCCCUCCCACCAAUAAACCCUGGAGGACCGAGGCCAGUGUCCUUUACUCCUACAGCAUUAAGCAACGGCAUCAACCAUUCCCCUCCUACCCUGAAUGGUGCCCCGUCACCACCACAGAGAUUCAGCAAUGGUCCUGCGUCUUCCACAUCAUCGGCACUAACAAAUCAACAGUUGCCAGCUACUUGUGGUGCUCGGCAGCUCAGCAAAUUGAAACGCUUUCUCACUACUCUGCAACAGUUUGGCAAUGACAUCUCACCUGAGAUUGGAGAGAAGGUUCGGACUCUUGUUCUAGCACUGGUGAAUUCAACAGUGACAAUUGAAGAAUUCCAUUGCAAGCUCCAAGAGGCAACAAACUUUCCUCUUCGUCCAUUUGUGAUUCCAUUUCUCAAGGCCAACCUGCCCCUGCUGCAGCGAGAACUCCUGCAUUGUGCCCGGGCUGCCAAGCAGACCCCAUCCCAGUACUUGGCUCAGCACGAGCACCUUCUGCUCAACACCAGUAUCGCAUCUCCUGCUGACUCUUCUGAACUGCUUAUGGAGGUUCAUGGAAAUGGAAAGAGGCCCAGUCCUGAAAGGAGGGAAGAUAAUAGUUUUGAAAGAGAUACAAUUCCUUCUGAACCACCUGCCAAGAGAGUGUGUACUAUCAGCCCUGCUCCCCGGCACAGUCCUGCCCUCACUGUGCCCCUCAUGAAUCCUGGGGGCCAGUUCCACCCUACCCCACCACCUCUUCAGCACUAUACUUUAGAAGACAUUGCAACUUCUCACCUGUAUCGGGAGCCCAACAAGAUGCUAGAACACCGAGAAGUUCGUGAGAGGCACCACAAUCUUAAUCUGAAUGGAGGCUAUCAAGAUGAGUUGGUAGACCACCGUUUGACAGAAAGGGAAUGGGCUGAUGAAUGGAAACAUCUUGACCAUGCCCUGAAUUGCAUUAUGGAAAUGGUAGAGAAAACGAGACGGUCCAUGGCAGUUCUGAGGCGCUGUCAGGAAUCUGAUCGUGAAGAACUCAACUAUUGGAAAAGGCGAUUUAAUGAAAACACAGAGAUGAGGAAAUCUGGGACUGAGCUAGUCUCCAGACAGCACAGCCCUGGGAGUACAGAUUCUCUCAGCAACGAUUCUCAGCGGGAAUUCACCAGUCGGCCAGGAACAGGAUAUGUACCUGUGGAGUUUUGGAAGAAAACAGAAGAAGCUGUGAAUAAGGUGAAAAUUCAGGCCAUGUCAGAGGUACAAAAGGCUGUAGCUGAGGCAGAGCAAAAAGCCUUUGAAGUGAUUGCAACUGAGAGAGCUCGAAUGGAGCAAACCAUAGCGGAUGUCAAAAGGCAAGCUGCGGAAGAUGCUUUCCUGGUCAUCAAUGAGCAAGAAGAAUCCACAGAGAACUGCUGGAACUGUGGCCGAAAAGCCAGUGAGACGUGCAGUGGCUGCAAUAUUGCUCGCUACUGUGGGUCCUUCUGCCAGCACAAGGACUGGGAACGGCACCACCGCCUCUGUGGCCAGAGUCUGCAUGGCCAUAGUCCCCACAGCCAGAGCCGGCCACUGCUCCCCGGAGGGCGGGGCUCAGCCAGGUCUGCUGACUGCAGUGUGCCCAGCCCAGCCCUGGACAAGACCUCAGCCACCACCUCACGUUCCUCAACACCUGCCUCUGUGACAGCCAUCGAUGCCAAUGGACUCUGAGCCACAGACUCCACCGCCCUGAUGACCACUCCACAUGGCAAAAUGCUUGCACCAGGGAGCUGGCAAUUAAACAAGUAGCUGUUGAGUCAUCAGCAAGAAAUGAAUUGGCAGGAAGCAUCCAAGAGGCACUCCACAGCUUCUCUAGGAUUUGCCAUGUGUCCUUGGGAGAACUGGUGUGCCAUUCUCUGCACACAGAAAGUAGCUUAAGCUUCAUCCAUGGCUUUCCUGAUGUUUCUCUUCCACCUAAAACUGGCGUAACUGGCCAGUGUAGACCACCAGCUCCCUCCAACUCCUUGCAUCAGCAGAUUGUCAGUAGUGUCCACCAGGCAUCUGUGCUCCAUACCAUCCAUAGUAGAGGCCUGAAGGCUGGUAGCAGGCUAAUGGAGGAGACCUUUCCUCCCCUUGCCUCCAAACAGUUUCUUGAGCCACAUCUUCACCCUCCAAUGGCACUGAUUGGUUUAACAGACUCAACUAGCCAGAAAACAGUACUCAGGACUCCUUCCUGAGCCACUCAGAUCUGCUAAGAUGCUCAGAUAUGCCAGAAAGAAGCCACUUCAGUAAAGUCUCUAGUAAUGGUUAAAAAUUAAAGCAGUCUUCCCUAAGCAUCAUAGAUUGUUUUGGACAAGAUUUUCCAACCUGGCCAGCUCCAUUAGUUUGGAACCCACCUCCCAGCUCCAGUGUUUAACUUGAUUUUGCUUGUGCAAAAAAUAAUCUCCAUCGCAUGGAUUGGUCUGAGAGAGGAUGAAACCAUUGUGUUAGUCUUUUCUCUGAGCAUGCUGGCCAAACUAAAAUAUUGAGUGCAAUAUUGGAAAUGCAAAACCCUCUGCUGUUGCUUGGCUGUUUAAACAGUCGUCUUGUUCUUUGUGUCCUUUUAUCUCUCACUGUGCAUGUCUGGAUCACUGGGGUUGUCUCUUGACCAUAGGUUCUGUUUGACAGUGCUCCUGAUGCCAAUGGAUGGAUUAUUCAUACCUGGUUUUAUGACAUUACACCACUACAUGGGUUUUAUCAGGUGGACAUUCUUAGCCUCCUUUUUCUGUGUUAUAUGUUUGAUAGCAACCCUCACAGCUCAGAAAGGGUUUGUGAAGUAUGGGAACUAAAAAGCCUGACCAGUUUUUCUUCCCAUCUUCAGGGAUUUUUCCAAUCUGAUUCUCCAGAUAGAACAUCAUCUGUUCCCUAUUUAUCAGGCUAAAUACUGCCUCUCACACCUUUUCUACUUCUGUUUGAGGUUUGUUAGGAGUCCCAGUACCUUUCCCUUUCCACUAAGUAUCCUCCAGUAUCCUCUUGCCCUGUGCAGGCAGGCAGUUAGGAUGAGACAUCAACUUUGAUCUUGUUGACUUUUGGAACUGGUGGUCACCUUCUGUACAAUGACCAAGUCUGAAUAUUAGCCCUUUCCCCAUAAAAGCAUGGAUGUCAUUGUCCUUGCAUACAGUUACAGCUAAUUUUAAGAAUUUUGAGUCCCUACUUUAUUUGAACAAGGAUUUUCAAUUUUAGAGACUUAGACCUUUAAAAUCAUUUUUCAGCAUAGAAUACCCAAGACCCACUAGUUGUCAGACAAUCUAGUGCAGCCUGACCUGCCUGGCCGAAUCCCCAUCAGCCUGCUGUUGAGUAUCCUAGCCACUGGGAACAACUUUGCUUUACUAGGUAGAGUCAGUACCAGAUAGCAAGGCUGUGUCAUGAGAUCACAGGCUUCUGAGAAUCUGAGGAUGUCUCCUGGUGUUACCUGGGUUCAUUAUUCAUUAGUAAAUUGGAUGACACCUGAGUGUUAAAAAGUCUUAGAACUACAGGACUACUCCAGGUAGUUAGUAUUAAGAGCUAGAACCGGCACACUACUUCUUACCAGGUUGGAGAUCAGUUUCUACAGCAAAGGUUUGGGGUAAGGGCCUGGCCUACUUUUGUGGGCUACAUGGUUUCCCUGACAGAUUCUGAGUUACUAUAGUCCUGUUUGGAGACUUUUUGGUUUCCGUGCCCUUCACAGGUUUGUCUAUAAACCUGGACAGUACUGCAAACUAUAUAGUUCAGUUUUCAGACCUGUCACUGCCUUGACUCUGGUCAGCAUCACUCUUAAGUGGCAUCUGCUUAGGACUUACUUUUCAGAUUCAAGGAGUUCCCUUCUGCAGUUCUUUAACUUCUCCCUAGUCAGGAGGAGCAGCAGCAUCUAGGGUAGCAGUUGGAGUGAGUCCCAGCUCCCCACUUCAUUUCUAGUCUGCUAAUACGAUCCAUUAUGAGACUGAAAGGGAACAUAAAGCUUACACUCAUCCACACUAAGAGAGAAAAGGAGAAACAGCUGAGUCAGGCUGCUCAGAGGUCUGCAUUCUGCAGUAACUCUUUGGGGAACAAAAAAGAUCAGAGUUAUCGUCCUCUACCAGGUAAGAGAUAAAAUUGUAGUCAGACUGGACUUAUGCAACCAUCCCUCACUCUAGCAAAUGAUGAAGACUUGGUAGGUAGGAUGCUGUGAAAGUUAGAUGAGAUAUGGCUUAUUUGGUAGUGUGGCUAGCAUGCAGAAGUCCUGGAUUUGAUUCUCAGUAUAACAUAAACCAACUUAUUUGUUAUCUCAGCACUUGGGAGGUGGAAGCAGGAGGACUAGAAGUUUAAGAUCAUCCUUGGUUACUACAUAGCAAUUCUGAGGCCAACCUGAGUUUCAUAAGACCUAUCUCAAUAAAAGAAAAUCACAUUGAAGAAGGGUCCCUCACAACUCCACCAUAUUGGCUCAUGCCAGUAGGUGGUAGUGAGGGCAUAGACUGAGUGGCUUUUUCUGGAGGAUGGAAACAUCUGCCCCGCUCAGGUCUGCUCAAGGUGUUGGCUGUUACCUUCAGCAGGGUGGAUUCUUUUACACAUUUGGUCCCCAGGAGGUGCUUCACUUUUUGGUGUCAACUCUAGCAUCUUUAGCUUCCAGAGGGGAUAUCUACAUUUUAGUUCAUAUAGCCCUGUCCCAAAAGAUGAAAUGACCCAUACCUGCUUAUAGAGAGUGAAGACGUUUUUCUGAGUGGCUCUGGAAGCUAUCUCAGCACGUAUGUGAGGACUCAACAGAACCGCAAGUGUGUGUUAGUAGAGCAUAAGGAAUGAGCAGAUGGCCAUCGUCCUGGAAACUGCAGACGGGAUUGUGGGUUGAAUAAACUAUUACAAAUAGGACACAUCUUGGAGGCUUUCUCCAGAACUGGACUAGAACCAAGGUUUCCAGGCUCCUGGCUCAGAAGACCAAGCCAGUGUGCUUUGAUGAAUGUUAGCUGUUUGCGGAGAACUGGGUGGUGGCAUGUGUGAACCAAAUGUGAGAGAAGCCAGAAGGAACUGAGCUGGCCAGUGUGGGCCAGGUGGCCAGCUGUGGAAGAUCCUUGACCUGGCUGGCAGCUGCUUGGCAGAGCCUGCCCACUCAAGUAUAUUCUUUGUAAAGCCAAAAUGCUGAACUACCUGCUUCUGCCUCGUGUUGACACCCAUUUCCAAAGAUGAUGGAGUGUGAGCCAGGAAGAAGUUGAGAUGGUGGGCAAUGAUUCAACCCUCCAAUCUCACCUUCCGCAGCCCAAAAGGUAGGUAGUACUUUGCACUCAGACCCCAUCUUGUCAAGCCUCCAGCUGCCCAGUGUACACAGUCAAUGCUUAUACCAAAUAGGGCAUGUGCAGCUGGUGUCUGUCAGGGACAGCCCAGUCCCUGCCUUGUUGCCAAGGAGAAGCUGCAACAAUUGUUCCAGUGAAUGGCUAAAAGGGCUGUUUGAUACAAGGCCUUCGUUCCACUCCUGUGGCUUUCCAAGUUCCUCAUGAGGCUGCAAAGGCUCCAUCCCUACAGAAAACCAAUAAUGUAAAUAGAGCCAAACCUCCAAGCAUGGUUUGCAGAGGUGGGUGAUGAAUGUGAAGCCACCCACAGGACACAUUUGAAUCUGGUUUUUCUGUGCUUUGUCAUUUGACUCAAUAGGAACUUUUGUUACUUAACUCUGUGCAUAACUUAUUUAAUGUACUGUAUAAAUGAACCAAAACUGUUAAAUACGUAUUUAGUUUGUUCUACUUAAAGUAGUUAAUAAAAAUGCUAUAUUCCUUUUCUGACUCAA